AUGUUUACUCUGAAUAUGUCACUAUUUUACGUUGUUUCCAACAAAUUCAUACUUUGGCAAGAGGUGUAUGAAUGUCCAAUUGAAAGAAGAAAUUCAAGAUUUGAACGACCAUUACUUGGUUCCUUUUUUCUUGCGUUUGGGGUUUUGUUUAUCAUUCUCUACAUUCCCUGCCUCAUAGUGAUCAUCGGUAAAAAAUCCCGCGCUCCAGUGUACCUACUAAUGCUGGCCCUUGCAAUUUUCGACAUUUUAUCCCUUAUCGUUGAUUCAAUAUGCACCGGUAUAUUCGAUAUACUAGGAAUUUCAUUUUGCAACUAUCCCCUCCCCAUAUUCAUACUUGGAGCAAUUGGUGGUGGCUCUUGGAUGGCCGGCUCUUUGGCAUGCAUUCUUUUGGCAAUCGAGCGUUGCGCAGAAAUUAACCAACAGUUUCCAUUGGAAUUUUUGUUCCGUAAAAGUGUAUUUCCAGUUGUGGCAUUUUUGUUAUUAAGCUACACCAUAUACGCUUUCUUUUUCACAAAAGCCCUUGUGUUUUCUGCUGAAGCAAGCUGUUGGUUUUUUGAUCCGAUGAUUGGGAAAGAUGCAAGUCUAUACCAUAGCUAUCCACAUUCUAUAAAUAACUUCGCCGUUGGGAUAUGCACAAUAAUUUUGUAUUUGUAUUUAUCGUAUCGAUUAAUUUUCAAAUUUGGCUACUCUACAUCUAUGUGGUUAUAUAAAACUAAGAGACAGAUAAUAUUUCAAGCCAUCUCCCUCUGCAUUUUCCAUGCUACCGCUGCUUUUAUCUACGAGUAUAUGCAAUUUUUCGCUCCGACCCCGUUGCUAAUUAUUAUUAGCCAAUUCGUUUGGCAAUGGAGUAGUGGUGCUAUUUGCCUGGCAUAUUUGGUAUUCAAUAGAACAAUUCGCAAUUUAGUCGUCAAAAUGAUAUUGCCGAAAAAGAUACGAUUGAAAUAUGGUCUUUAUAUUGGAGUCGACGAACAUAUUGCAUUUGAGGGAGCUGUUGGGAAUACUGGUGCUGCUGUAGUGAAUGCAGCUGGAGCAGCUAUUAAAUUGGAUAAUUUUAUAAAUUGAGAAUUUGAAUUAUUUUUAAAGAAAUUUAUGAUAAA